GCUCUCCAUGCCCCCUCGGCCGGCUGGUCAGUCCUGUUCUUCAGACUGAGAUCUCAGCAACAGGUUCCAGGGGCCGACUCAGAGGGGCUUCUUCCCGGGGGACGCCACGUUGGCACGGGCGUCAUGGUGCGGAACAUGGACGACAUGGACUUCCAGCUGCCUUCACACGCCCAGAACAUGCUGGACGGGCUGCUGCGGCUGCGCUCGCAGCCCAAGAUGGCCGACGUCACGCUGCUGGUGGGUGGCCGGGAGCUGCCCUGCCACCGUGGCCUCCUGGCGCUCAGCAGCCCUUACUUCCACGCCAUGUUUGCGGGCGACUUUGCCGAGAGCUUCUCGGCGCGCGUGGAGCUGCGGGAUGUGGAGGCCGCCGUGGUGGGGCAGCUGGUGGACUUCGUGUACACUGGCCGGCUGACCAUCACCCAGGCCAACGUGGAGGCGCUGACACGCACAGCCGCGUGCCUCCACUUCCCCGCCGUGCAGAAGGCCUGCGGCCGCUACCUGCAGCAGCAGCUGGACGCCACCAACUGCCUGGGUAUCUGUGAGUUUGGGGAGCAGCAGGGGCUGCUGGGCGUGGCCGCCAAGGCCUGGGCCUUCCUGCGGGAGAACUUUGAGGCCGUGGCACGGGAAGAUGAGUUCCUGCAGCUGUCCCAAGACCGGCUGGCCACCUGCCUGGCCAGCGACCUGCUGCAGGCACAGCCAGAGCAAAGCCGGCUGGAGGCCCUGCUGCGCUGGGUGCGCCACAACCCGCAGGCCCGGGCCGCCCUCCUGCCCGGGCUGCUCGGCCUGGUGCAGCUGGAUGCCGUGCCCAGGCCCUGCGUGCAGCAGCUGCUGGCCACAGAGCCGCUGAUCCUGGAGUCAGAGGCGUGCCGGGCGGCCCUGUCCCAGGGCCAUGAUGGGGCAUUGCCCGCCCUGCCGCAGGAGCUGGAGGAGGUGCUGGUGGUGGUGGGCGGGCGGGCGCUGGAGGAGGAUGAGGAGGGUGCCGGCCCGCCCGCCCCGCUCCCCGGGAACUUCACCUUCUACAACAUCAAAGCCAAGCGAUGGAUGGCGCUCCCAGACUUCCCCGACUACCACAAGUGGGGCUUCUCCUUGGCCGCGCUCAACAACAGCAUCUACGUCACAGGUGGCUCACGGGGCACCAAGACGGACACCUGGUCAACCACCCAGGCCUGGUGCUUCCCGCUAAAGGAGGCAGCCUGGAAACGCGUGGCCCCCAUGCUGAAGGCGCGCACGAACCACGCCAGCGCAGCACUCAACGGGGAGAUCUACGCCAUCGGCGGCACCACUCUGGACGUGGUGGAGGUGGAGAGCUAUGAUCCGUACACAGACACCUGGACAUCCGUCAGCCCCGCCCUCAAGUAUGUCAGCAACUUCUCCGCGGCCGGCUGCCAGGGCCGGCUCUACCUGGUGGGCUCCAGCGCCUGCAAGUACAACGCGCUGGCCCUGCAGUGCUACAACCCGGUCACAGAAGCGUGGAGCAUGAUCGCCUCGCCGUUCCUGCCCAAGUACCUGUCCUCGCCGCGCUGCGCCGCCCUGCAGGGGGCGCUCUACCUGGUGGGCGACAACACCAAGAAGGUCUACGUGUAUGACCCCGGGGCCAACCUGUGGCAGAAGGUUCAGUCCCUGCACAGCCUGCACGAGAAUGGUUCCCUGGUGCCUCUGGGCGACGCGCUGUACGUGACGGGUGGCCGCUGGCAGGGCAUGGAUGGCGACUACCACGUUGAGAUGGAAGCUUACGACCCUGGGUGCAACACCUGGACCCGCCACGGCGCCCUGCCCCUCCUCUGGCUGUACCACGGGGCCUCUGCCAUCUUCCUGGACGUCUCCAAGUGGACACAGCCUUUCAGCCCUGCCCAGGAGCACUGAGGCGCUCCCCGUCACACCUGGAGGCAGCGGCUGGGUGACCCCCUGUUUAUUUUUGCUUGUGUGUUCACUCAGAGCCACCAGGGAGGUCAGAGGGACAGUCUUCGUCUCCAAGGCCACCACACAAACUCUGAGCUGACCAGUGGCAGGGGUCUGGGACUCUGGACGGCUGCUUAGAGGGGGACGCAGCUCUCCAGCCCACAGGGGUGUCUGACCUGAGGAAGGGGCCGGGGGUCCAGGGAAGCACUGUGAGAGCUUCCAGGCUCUCCCAGAGUUGGCUGUGCCCUGGAGAGAGAGCUGCGCCGAUGAGGGGUGACGCGGAGUGGCCCCGGCAGCUGAAGCUGUUGGGGAGGCUGGGCAGCCUGCAAAGACUUCCGGAGAGGCCUGUCGGGCAUGUUGGUGGCUUGCUGCCUGGUGGCCUCUUAAACAAAGGCAGCACCCCAUAGGCUCCUCCGGCCAGCAUGUGGCCUAACUCAGGGUGGCUCGGGCCAGCCCUUGAGACCCCUGGGUCCCCGAGUUUGACUGGGGUCCUGGGUAGAGCUGGCUCAGGCUCCCUGCUCCUUCUUACUUGUCCUGAAUGAGGCACUGUGUUUGUCACCAAGGGGACAAUGACGGACUCCCACUGGGUGCUAAGUGGCCCUCCCCUUUGUCACUGGCUUCGUGAAUGACACAGGGCUGCAAGUCAGGGACCUGCACUGACUGGCUGAGGGCCUGGUUAGGUCCCGUCUGUCUCCCUCUAGACCUGGGUAUCCUCUCCAGGACCAGCUCCUUGAACCCCACCAGGGACCGGAGGCAGACCUGGCACCCCGGUCCUGAGGAAGGAGCCCUGGGCCCCCCAGCUUCUGUAGACUACACCCACUUUGCUCCCAGACCUGACUUCUCACACCCAUUUCUUGUGGGAGAAUUGAGUUUGCCCUUUAGGCCCCAGACAUAGCAGGGCCUCCUGGGUGUCUGCUCCCAAAGGAGCACGAGCCCCGGGCCCGAGGACACCGAGGCGGCUGGUGGAGUGGGUGAAGACGAGGAUGAAGGUUUUGGGGUCCUUGAAUCGUUCUGGAUGAAAAUCUGAAAGGUUUCCAGACAGUUACUAAAGGUGCUCAGCCAAGCGCUGUUUCAAAAUAAAGACUCGGCAGGACAGAAUGGACUUGCUUUUAUCAUAAAUGGGUGGUGGAAAGUGGGGGGGUGUCCUGGAGUA